GAACCUGGGCAGGGGUUGAGACGUUGACCUUGUGAUUUGAAGGGACGCCGGGGCAGUAGGGCUGCCUCAAUGCCACACAAAUUGCCGGGAAUAUUUUACCCGCCAGGGUAGCCUCUGGAGAGAGAACGAGUUAGUCUUCUCGUUUCUUAACCUCCACUAGACGAGGCGUUUACGGGGCUUCACACUACAUUGUUUCUCGCUUGGGAAGCUCUGAUCUUCCCGGCAAGGAUAAGCAGUCUCGGCUCCAAAGAACCAAGUCUGGUGCAGAGCAGGAAACGGCUCUUCAGGCCACAAUGUCUCUACCAAACGCGCCAAAUUAAAAUAAAUCUCUUCUGCCUGCACAUGACCCAAAACUCUUCAUUCCUGCCUCUUCAGCACUUAAAUCGUAUGUGCUUUCACCAUUAUCCCUGUCACAGACUGGAGAUUCUGUGGAUGGUGGAAAUCUUGAGCAGCACACGUCAAAUGGUCAGGCAGCAUCUAUAAAGAGGGAUAAGCAGUCGAGUUCUCAUAAAGGGUUUGUACUGAAAACGUCGACUGUUUAUUAGAUCUUACCGGACUUGCUUCCUGGAUGUAUUGGAUCUACCCUUAAUAUACUAUGGAAAAUACAUCACCCCUUUCACGGUGUACCUUGGAAAUGCUCUGUUGAGAUCGACUUUGAAGUAGGCUGCAGUUUGCUAUCGGCGUUGAAAAAAGAAAAGAUCGGUUUGGGUAACCGUCAACAUGCUUUGGUCCUGUUGGGCAAAACUUUAUGUGAUGCCCUCUUGUAAAGCCUGUGCAAGAAGCCUACAACAGUUUAAUUUACCGAGAUUAUAUUCCACAUUUAAUCGGUUUACUGUUCAGAAACUGAACAAUGUGACGUCCCUACAACCAGUGAGAAGUGUCAAGGGUCACAAUCCGUUUACUAGAAAUCAGGAAGAGGAAUGGAGAAAGAGGAAUAAAACUGUACUUACAUACAUAGCAGCAACAGCAAUUGGGAUGAUUGGCAUGUCGUAUGCUGCCGUGCCUCUCUACAGACUCUAUUGCCAGACGACAGGACUGGGUGGAACUGCAGUAGCUGGUCACAGUGUGGAACAAGUAGCAACUAUGGAACCAGUGAAGGAUCGAGUUAUUAAAAUUAUUUUCAAUGCUGAUGUUCAUUCCAGCCUUCAGUGGAACUUUAGACCCCAGCAAACUGAAAUCUAUGUUGUUCCUGGAGAAACUGCUCUGGCAUUUUACAAAGCGAAGAACCCCACUGAUACACCAAUUAUUGGGAUCUCUACCUACAGUGUAGUACCAUUUGAUGCAGGGCAGUACUUCAACAAAAUACAGUGUUUCUGUUUUGAGGAGCAACGGUUAAAUCCCCAUGAAGAAGUGGACAUGCCAGUUUUCUUUUACAUUGAUCCUGAGUUUGCAGAGGAUCCAUCAAUGGCACGUGUAGAGACAAUUACUCUCUCUUACACAUUCUUUGAAGCAAAAGAUGGUCAAAAGCUACCUUUACCAGGAUAUAAAUAAAGCAUCAUAAAUAUUAAAUUUAUUCAGCAAGUAAAUGAUUCUUUGAAUAACAAUGUGUUUUCAUUGAGCUUGUCAAAUUGAGAUGAUCGACAAAAUAGUGUAAGAACAAAUUAUUGUAUUGUAAGCAAGAUGAGUGUGGGGGAAACUAAAAAUGAAGUAUAGUGAAUUUCGGAUAAUUAGAGUGCAUCGGGGCCAGUACAUUUUGGCCCAAUUAAGUGGCUGUCCUAAUUAGCCAAAGUUUUAUGGAAAUAGUUAAAAAGGUACAAAAAAACUACCAUUUAUAUAAAUAAAUCAAAUAUUUAAAUGAAAUAUAGAAUAAAUUACAAUACUACUAAUGUGUUAUAAAACUGUGCAUUAGUUCCUAAAAGUUAUCGAUGAAGGGAAUUCAUCCACUGCUUGCUAUCUGUUUGUUUGAUUCACUGUAAAUGAACAAAAUCAGCACAGACACCUAGUGCAGAUAAUGGACUGCGUUUAUUGCCCUUCUGCAUGAAGUAAUGUCAUAAUCCAACAAUAAAUAACUGGUGUUAGGAGAAUGUCUUUUAAUUUGAUCCAGUAGGGUAAUUUCUCAGCUAGUGCUGUAUCUUUUCAUGGCAUAUUAGCAAGGGUCUGAAAUGUUAUAAAGUCAAAUUGUAAAAGAAUGGUCAAAAUUCAUUGUUUUUUAAAUCGGUGUUUGUCUGCCCAAAUGGUUAACAUAAGCCAAGCACGGUGUAGUGGCUAAUGGCAACACAGUGCAAGCAACUGACCCUUGUUAGAAACUGUUCAGCAGCAGUCUAUCCCAAUUAAGUUGCAUAGUAUCCCAAAUAAAUAAAAAAGAUCCCAGUUAUUGUCUUGAUUAGCUGUUGUUCUUCAAGAUUUGUCCUAAAUAUGAGGCUGACUCGAUUGACCAAUGGCCCAAUUAUCUGCAAUCCUCUGUACUAGAAAAAUAAAUUGCUUUUCAAGGGUAAAGUGGUCCAUCAUGCUCACAUCAUGGUAGGAGCCUCUGAUCUACUUCUGCAAUAAAAUGUAAUAAUUACUUUCAUUUAAUGAUUUAGUUUUUAUUGUGUCCAGAUUUUCAUUAUAAUAAGAGAAGACUUUACUACCGAAUACCAUUAACCACAUCCCCCUCCUCCAUUGUCCAGCUAAGGAUACUACCUUUGUCUCACAUACAAAGAAUCUCCUCACCUUCUUACUGCUUCUUCCCAGAUAUCUGUCUUUGAUCUUUUCUUGAAUAUUGUUGCAUCCUGCCACUCAGCAGCAAAUACAGUCAUGUUCCGUUUGUAUAUUGAAUCAUUCCUCCUCACCAUCUCUCACAACACCUCUGCUUCUCUUUCUAAAAGGGCAAAUAGGUCUUAUCAUUGAAAGACUACCACCAGUAGUGUACAGUCUUAGUAUUGUACAGAGUAAUAUUGGUCCUUAAAAUUCUAGAAUUAAACCACAAGUUGUUGAGUCAGAUGGGAAUGCUACCACUUGAGGCACAGCUAGCUACCACAGGCCAUAUGCUGUAUUUCAAAAUAAUCUCUAAGUUGUUCAAUUUUAUCAGAAUAAAUUGAGCUCUUUUGGCUUGUCUUUCAACUUGGAGGAGGUGUUGAAGCCACAAGAAAUAGUGAUGCUGAUAUAUUUGCAGCUUCAUUUUGAAUUUGCCCAUUUUCAUGCACAGGUUAUGUACUCUGGUUCUACUAUUCCAGUAAUGGUGAAACAGCUUGUUAUUAUUUACUGUGAAUUGUAAUGUUGUCUUCAAAUAGAUUUUUAUAAAUUGGAUAUUAAGUGAAGCUGGUAUAACUCGGUAUUUUUUACCCUUUUUAAUUUAUCUAAACAUAAGAGCAUAUACAAAUUUUAAACAAGAGAAAAUCUGCAGAUGCUGAAAAUCAAAGCAACACACACAAAAUGUUGGAGGAACUCAGCAGGCCAGCCAGCAUUUAUGGAAAAGAGUACAGUCGAAGUUUCAGGCUUAGACCCUCAACAGGUCCUGCUGAAGGCUCUUGGCCUGAAACAUCGACUAUACCCUUUUCCAUAGUUGCUGUCUGGCCUGCUAAGUUCCUCCAGCAUUUUAUGUGUGUUGCAUAUACAAAAUUUGAUUCCUUGUUUCCUGUAGCAGUUUUUCCAUAACUUCAGAGCAGGAGUUUUUGUUUUGCUAUGUCAUUAUACUACUGUGUCAAUAUUUGUUUCUUUGUUUGGUUUAAUCUGCUAUAUUGCAAUUUACAUGUUUUACAUAACUGAAAUCUCAUUUCUAUUCUGAAAUAACAUUCGUAAUAACUACUGACGAACAUUGCAUUAUGGCAGGUUGCAUUCCUAGAAAACAAUCCGUCAGAAAAUUUUUCGUAAUGUUGAACUGUGCCAACUGCAUGUGCAUCAAGAAAUGCAAGUUGGAAAAAAUGUUUACUUUCUCCGCAUAAAUUUCAUGUCUGAAAUUUUAUUUUGUAUUCCAGAUUUCUUGGUAGCGAAUUCUGGAAGAGCGAAUUUCUAUUGCCCAAAUUGCAGUAGCAUUAUGGGUAUCUGUAGUUGCUUAACAGUUUGCAACUUCAUUGGGGAUUGCACUAUGGUAACAUGUUUGCAGAACAUAACUAUAUUUAUUGGAAUGUAUAAUGAUAUCCUGGUAGAUAAGCUGGAGAUUUUUCUUUUAAAUAACCAAUAUAGGUGAUUAAUAGGUUUUCUGUAAAAUAUAUGGAAUCAUGUCAUAUAAUCUGACUAAUAUUGAAGACAAAAUUGAAAAAUCCCAUCACUCUAUGUCAUAACAUUUAAAUUAGGUUUAUCCAUAAAGCUGACAAAUGUGGUUUAAAAUUGGCCUAUUUGUCUUAAUUCUUUUUAUUCAUUUUAUUAUUUUCUCCAAAAUGUUUCUUUCUAAUUUUUCAGUUGUACUUCUCCAUUUCAGUUUUAAUCUAUUACAUUUUAUAUUUCUUUCCACUUUUUUGUAUUUUUGCUUUCUACUUGCUGUCUUUAAUUAUCCAGUUUCCUGCUAUUCUCACUUCCAAGAACAUAGAACAAUAUCAACCUGCUGUUUCUGAAUAAUUGCAGAAAUAGAGAUAGACUUUGCAAAUGUAAUAGCAGCCCACAAAAUCAAUUGUAAAAUAGUUUUAACUGCUGCUGGAAUGUGGUAAAUAAGCUCUUCAUGUUUUCAAAUGCAACUGAUAGUGGCAGAACCAUAUGUUGGUAUCAAAUGCACAUGGCUAACAUAAAGUAUAUUGAUUGCAAAUGGUCUGUAGCUCUCAUGAGAGAAUUAUUGUGUGUCUAUUAAUUCAACCUAAAAGCACAAAGGAAAGCUUUAUCACCAAGCCUAACGGCAUAGUUGGAGUUUAUUUUCUGGCUAUAACUGUUUGAAGACCUCAUUUUGUAUACAUGUGUAUAUUCAUGCAGAUAUGAGUAAACUGGAUCUUGCAAUAGACUAUUUACUUAUGGUCAUUUCAGUGAAUGAAUAGUGUUGAUUGAUCCUGUAUUGGGUACUAUGGAAAAGAGUCUUGUGUCACACUGUGCAUAAUUUUAGUGUGUACUGUUAAAUUGCACUUAACUAUUCAUUUUAAAACCACGAAGGUUUUAUCAUCAAACGUAAUAGUUAAGCGGUUUUAUCACCCUAGUUUUUUGAGGACCUUAUCAGACGUAAAUUUGUGGACAUCCUUGAAAAUAAGAGGUGCCAGUUUACAGUGCUAUGUAAAUUACAACUGAAGUAUGAAUUCAUUAUUUUUGUUUAAAGAUUAUCAGUAUGUCAAAUGUAUUUUAGGAAAGUAAUCUUCUGGUUCUAGUGUUUCAGGCUUCAUAUGGUACAAAUAUGCAGAUUUACUGUCGAUACACUGUAGUUUUUGCAACUCAAUUAUUCUAUUUGUGAUUCAACCAGGGCUGCCUGACACAUCAUGUAUAUUAAAUAAGUUUUAAAUAGUUACUGAAUAUUUGUUUUUAUUUCACUCCAUACUCUCAAGUACAAGGAAUGACAAACAAUAAUUAUGUUAUCAAGCCCACUUCCUAUAUAAAACAUUCUAGUUCCCCAUUUAGUGUUAAUGUUUGCAUAUUUUUACAUAGAUUUGCAAAGGUAAUCAAAUUCAUUUUCAAAUGUGCACUAUUGUAAAACCUUUUUACUUUGCAAUGUAAUCUUAUAGAUAAUUUCCAUUAAUUGCAAUGGAAAACCACAGAAUCCUAUUGAAAUAUUUGAUCAUCUUGUAUUCUGUCCUUUAAAGACUUUAUUUAUCAUAUCGACAUUGAACCAUACAAAUAUUGACUUGUUUCCGGUGCUAACGUAGCAUGCUACAAAUUGGUAACCCUAACUUGCAAGUCUAGAAGCUGGAGCACCUGGUAGAAACGCACACAGUCACAGACAGAUGGUACAAACUUCCUACAGAGAGUGGAGGGAAUCAAUUGUGCUAAACAUACUGUCCUUGUGACCAAUAAUCCUAGUCCUAAAUUAGCAAUUAAUACAACUAUUCUUGUUUAUUUUUUAAAUGUUAUAGCAACAUCUAGUAGUUCUACUGUGCCCUUUACAAAGUAAUAUUACAGUGCUUCACAUAAGUGAAGUGAAAUGGAGAGGAAUGCUUGGGAUAGAUUAAAAAAAUAGAAAUGUAGUCAAAUGACUAAAUUUGUAAUUAAAUAUUAAAAAGUAGUAAAAUAAAAUGCUUUUGAAAGAGCAUGUUGGUAUAUUAACUCCAGAGACUGUGAAGAUUGGACAGCCAGAUAACAUGGGUUAUGACGAUGUGAUGUUAUGAAAUAAAGAUGUUGAAAUUGAUAUGCUGGACAUUAGUGAGCCAGUGCAAUAUUGCUGGCACAAUUUGUUAACAUACGAGACUAAGUGAGAAAUUACGGUGUGGAUUUUUAAAUCUAGUGACUGGGUAUUUUGUAUGUUUUUCUGGGUUAGAAAAUGAACUGUAAGAAGUAAUAAAAUAUGUUAAGCGAAA